CAAGGCCUCGUCGGUCAAAGAGGAGAAUCAGGGCUGGAAGGGGACAGCGGACCACCAGGCCCAGAUGGCGUCAAGGGAGACAAAGGAGAGCAAGGCCUGGAAGGAGAGAAAGGAGAAAAAGGCAACGAAGGGCUGAAGGGAAAAGAAGGCGCUCCUGGAUAUCCGGGAAUCACAGGUGUCCGAGGACCCGAAGGGAAACCAGGAAAACAGGGAGAAAAGGGCAAGCCUGGCCAGAAGGGCAGCAAGGGCUUUCAGGGGCAGCUCGGCGAGACGGGACCUCCGGGCAAGGAGGGGCCGAAGGGGAACCAAGGCCCUAAAGGAUCCCGAGGUACCCUGGGACCUAUGGGUGCUCCAGGAAGGAUGGGUGUUCAAGGGGAACCAGGCUUAAAGGGCUACCAGGGGCAUGCAGGACCACCAGGACCAGUUGGACCACCAGGGCCAAAGGGGGAAAAGGGAGAACAAGGUGAUGAUGGGAAAGUAGAAGGCCCACAGGGACCACCUGGAGACAGAGGCCCUGUUGGUGACAGAGGUGAUCGAGGGGAGCCUGGAGACCCUGGUUAUCCUGGUCAAGAAGGGCUUGAUGGAGAAAGAGGAAAACCUGGACAGCAAGGUUUACCUGGGGAUCCUGGACCACCAGGCCAACCAGGAGCAAAGGGAUCCAAAGGUGAUGUGGGUCAAAAAGGAAAGCAAGGAGCACGAGGCAGUGCGGGGAGCAGGGGCUCACCGGGCACCCUUGGGCUACCAGGACCUAGAGGAGUGGUGGGCAGGCAGGGUCAGGAGGGUGCCCCUGGAGUGGACGGAGUGCCCGGGAAGGACGGCGUGCCUGGGACGCUGGGAGAGCAGGGAGAUGACGGGGAAGAAGGUGUAACAGGGAUGUCAGGCAAAAGAGGGAACCCAGGAAUACCAGGACUUCCUGGAGCACAGGGACCACCAGGAUUUAAGGGUGAAAGAGGAUUGCCUGGACAGACUGGCCAAACAGGGAAGCGAGGAUCACCAGGCGGAACAGGGCUUCCAGGGAGCCCAGGUGAUCCAGGACCCAAAGGACAGCCGGGAGACUUCGGUGAGGCAGGAUUUCCAGGCAUUGCAGGCAUGUUUGGGCCAAAGGGGCCCCCAGGAGACCUCGGUUUCAAAGGCAUUCAGGGGCCACGUGGGCCGCCCGGCCUCAUGGGAAAAGAAGGAAUUAUUGGUCCACUUGGAAUUCUGGGUCCCACGGGAAGUCCAGGUCCGAAGGGAGACAAGGGCAGCCGUGGAGAAACGGGUCUGCAAGGUCCAAGGGGUCCUCCAGGCCCACGAGGACACCCUGGCCCUCCGGGUCCGCCAGGAAUUCCAGCGUCAUUUCAACAAGAUGGCUUUGGAGCAGCUUUCCGGUCACUGCUGGACUCGAACGCGGCGCUCAAGGCAGAGGGUUACCAACAUCCAGAACUUGUGAUGCUGGACCAUGGAGGGGAGAUCUUCAAGACUCUACACUACCUCAGCAACCUCAUUCAGAGCAUCAAAAGACCCCUGGGAACUAAGGAGAACCCUGCACGCAUCUGUCGAGACCUCAUGAACUGUGAACAGAAGAUGAACGAUGGUACCUACUGGAUUGACCCAAAUCUUGGCUGUUCCUCGGACACCAUACAGGUCAUCUGUAACUUCACCAACGGUGGGCAGACGUGUCUCAGUCCCAUCACUGUCUCCAAGCUGGAUUUCGACAUUGGUAGAGUCCAGAUGAACUUCCUUCGACUUCUGAGCUCCGAGGUGGUCCAGCACAUAACCAUCCACUGCCUGAACACCUCCGUGUGGCGGGAAGGUUUGUCCGAAAAACCUUCAGAAAAAGCCGUGCGCUUCAAGGCCUGGAACGGACAGAUGUUUGAGGCAGGAGGGCAGCUCAAGCCAGAAGUGGCAGCUGAUGAUUGCAAGAUCAAGGACGGACGCUGGCAUCGGACCCUCUUUUCGUUUCGGACGCAGGACCCUCACCAGCUGCCCAUCGUCAACAUCUACAACCUUCCCCCAUCCGAGCCAGGAAAGCAGUAUCACCUCGAGGUCGGCCCCGUGUGCUUCCUUUGAACAAAGCCAUCAAAACUGGGCUCCAAGGCUUCG